AUGUCGUUCAUGCUUCCGCAUCUUCACUCGGGCUGGGCUGUGGAUCAGGCCAUCCUAAGUGAAGAGGAACGUCUGGUGAUCAUUCGCUUUGGGCACGACUAUGACUCGGAGUGCAUGAAGAUGGAUGAGAUCCUGUAUUCUGUAGCUGAGAAGAUCAAGAGCUUCGCCAUCAUCUACCUUGUGGAUGUGAAGGAAGUGCCGGAUUUCAACACCAUGUACGAGCUGUACGACCCUGUCACGGUUAUGUUCUUCUUCCGAAACAAGCACAUGAUGAUCGACUUGGGAACAGGUAACAACAACAAGGUGAACUGGGCCAUGAAUGACAAGCAGGAGUUCAUUGACAUCGUGGAGACUAUCUACCGUGGCGCCCGCAAGGGCAGAGGUCUGGUGAUGUCCCCAAAGGACUACUGUACGAAGUACAGGUACUAA